CCCAAGUGCUUUCUGUCGACUGCUCAGUCAUCCUGCAAGGACAGUAAAUGCUGCUGCCCCCUGGAGAAAAUGAGAGUGAAGACAAGUUAAGAGCUGGCAGGCUUGACUCAGGUUCUCCCAAGGAGCAGGAGAUCAAGUUUCUGAGAUUGGAAGACCCCUGGGAAAACAGUACAGCCAACGCCUCUACACCAUGGGACAGAGCUGCCAGCGAGGACAGGCUGUAGAUGUUGAGCCACGAAUACGACCCCCGCUCACAGAAAGUAAGAUUGAUAAGUAUCUGUAUGCCAUGCGGCUCUCUGAUGAAAUUCUGAUAGAUAUCCUGACGCGCUUCAAGAAAGAGAUGAAGAAUGGCCUUUCCCGGGAUUUUAACCCGACAGCCUCGGUCAAGAUGUUGCCGACCUUUGUUAGGUCCAUCCCUGACGGCUCAGAGAAGGGGGAUUUCAUCGCCCUGGAUCUUGGCGGCUCUUCCUUCCGAAUCCUGCGGGUGCAGGUGAAUCACGAGAAGAAUCAGAAUGUCCACAUGGAGUCUGAGGCCUAUGAAACCCCGGAGAACAUCGUACACGGCAGUGGAAGCCAGCUUUUCGAUCAUGUCGCUGAGUGCCUGGGGGACUUCAUGGAGAAAAGGAAGAUUAAGGACAAGAAAUUACCCGUGGGAUUCACGUUUUCUUUCCCCUGCCGGCAAUCCAAAAUAGACGAGGCUAUCCUGAUCACAUGGACAAAGCGGUUCAAAGCCAGUGGUGUGGAAGGGACAGAUGUGGUCAAGCUGCUGAAUAAAGCCAUUAAGAAGCGAGGGGACUAUGACGCUAACAUUGUAGCUGUGGUGAAUGACACAGUCGGGACCAUGAUGACCUGUGGCUACGAUGACCAGCAGUGUGAAGUUGGCCUGAUCAUUGGUACUGGCACCAAUGCUUGCUACAUGGAGGAACUGCGACACAUCGACCUGGUGGAAGGUGACGAGGGGAGGAUGUGCAUUAACACAGAGUGGGGAGCCUUUGGGGACGAUGGGUCCCUGGAAGACAUCCGAACGGAGUUUGACAGAGAGUUAGACCGGGGGUCCCUCAACCCUGGGAAGCAGUUGUUCGAGAAGAUGGUCAGUGGCAUGUACAUGGGGGAGCUGGUCCGGCUGAUCCUGGUGAAGAUGGCCAAGGAAGGCCUCUUGUUUGAAGGGCGCAUCACUCCAGAGCUGCUCACGAGGGGCAAGUUCAACACUAGUGACGUGUCAGCCAUUGAAAAGAAUAAGGAAGGCAUUCACAAUGCCAAGGAAAUCUUAACCCGCUUGGGAGUGGAGCCAUCUGACGAUGACUGUGUUUCGGUCCAGCACAUAUGCACCAUCGUCUCCUUCCGCUCAGCCAACCUAGUGGCUGCCACGCUCGGGGCCAUCUUGAACCGCCUGCGUGACAACAAGGGCACAGCCAGGCUUCGGACCACAGUUGGUGUGGACGGUUCUCUCUACAAGAUGCACCCACAGUAUUCCCGGCGUUUCCACAAGACCCUGAGGCGCCUGGUGCCUGACUCCGAUGUGCGUUUCCUCCUCUCAGAGAGUGGCAGUGGCAAGGGUGCUGCCAUGGUGACCGCAGUGGCCUACCGCCUGGCCGAGCAGCACCGGCAGAUUGAGGAAACCCUGGCCAACUUCCGUCUCUCCAAGGAGACCCUGAUGGAGGUGAAGAAAAGGAUGCGGACUGAGAUGGAAACAGGGCUGAAGAAGGAGACACACAGCAAGGCUACCGUCAAGAUGCUGCCUUCUUAUGUCCGGAGCAUCCCGGAUGGAUCCGAGAAUGGUGACUUCUUGGCCUUGGAUCUUGGAGGAACCAAUUUCCGUGUCCUACUGGUAAAGAUCCGCAGUGGGAAGAAGAGAACAGUGGAAAUGCAUAACAAGAUCUACUCCAUCCCUGUGGAAAUCAUGCAGGGUACCGGGGAAGAGCUGUUUGACCACAUCGUCUCCUGCAUCUCCGACUUCCUGGACUACAUGGGGAUCAAAGGCCCCCGGAUGCCUCUGGGUUUCACCUUCUCAUUUCCCUGCAAGCAGACGAGCCUGGAUUGUGGAAUCUUGAUCACCUGGACAAAGGGUUUCAAGGCCACUGACUGUGUGGGUCAUGACGUUGUCACUUUACUGAAGGAUGCGAUAAAAAGGAGAGAGGAAUUUGACCUGGAUGUAGUGGCUCUGGUCAACGACACUGUAGGCACCAUGAUGACCUGUGCAUAUGAGGAACCCACUUGUGAAAUUGGACUCAUCGUAGGGACUGGCAGCAAUGCCUGCUACAUGGAGGAGAUGAGGAACGUAGAGAUGGUGGAGGGGACCCAGGGCCAGAUGUGCAUCAACAUGGAGUGGGGCGCCUUUGGCGACAACGGCUGUCUGGACGACAUCAGAACAGACUUCGACAGAGUGGUGGACGAGUAUUCACUGAACUCCGGGAAGCAAAGGUUUGAAAAGAUGAUCAGCGGGAUGUACCUGGGGGAGAUCGUCCGCAACAUCCUCAUCGACUUCACCAGGAAAGGGUUCCUCUUCCGGGGACAGAUCUCUGAGCCACUCAAGACUCGAGGCAUCUUUGAGACCAAGUUUCUCUCUCAGAUUGAGAGUGACCGAUUAGCGCUGCUCCAGGUUCGGGCCAUCCUUCAGCAGCUGGGUCUGAACAGCACGUGUGACGACAGUAUCCUGGUCAAGACUGUGUGUGGGGUGGUGUCCAAGAGGGCCGCUCAGCUGUGUGGUGCCGGCAUGGCUGCUGUGGUGGAGAAGAUCCGAGAGAACAGAGGACUAGACCAUCUGAACGUGACCGUGGGAGUGGACGGCACGCUCUACAAACUUCAUCCACAUUUCUCUAGAAUCAUGCACCAAACUGUGAAGGAGCUGUCACCAAAGUGCACUGUGUCCUUCCUCCUGUCUGAAGAUGGCAGUGGCAAGGGGGCUGCCCUCAUCACAGCUGUGGGCGUGCGGCUCAGAGAUGCCAUGACCACCUAAGAGCCAGGAUCCUCCCAGCCCCCAGCCCGCUACCCUUCCAGCACUCCCCCAUUCCACCCAGCAAGCCCAGCUGGGAGACGGAGCCCCGGAGCCCACAAUGCCGCAGGGGGAGGAAGGGGACCGCAGUAACGGAAUAUAAUAUAGAAUACCACAAAGAGUGCGUGCUGUCGAUGACCUCUCGCCUGGACCCCUCAACCCCCACCCUGCCACUCUGCAUGAUUCAAGUUCGACCCGGCCAUGCUUUGCCCAUGCGUGAAUGUAGUGGCACCAAGUCUACGGCAGACAUCUAGCCAGGAAAGAGUCCCUCUCUUGGACCCACCUUCUGGGCCUUCCAAGCCUGUCUUUGGAGUCACCUCCCCUCCGUGUGAAGUGUAUUAUCACCAGCAGACACUGCCGGACUCCUUCCCACAGGGGCAUGGCCUGAAGGGCGGGUGUGGACGUGACGCUGCUGUCUCCUUCCUCUCCCAGCACCUACGCAGAAGCCUGCCAUCCUGUCUGGAUGUAUUGUAUCGAUGCCACUGAGUUGUGUGUCCGUGGAACCAGUCCUAGUCACGUUAUGACAGUCUUGCAUUUCGUUUGUCUCGUGGUGGUGGUGGUGAUGGCUGGUGGUGGGAUAGGUGGGCAAUCCUGUGGGCAAACAUCUUGUCUCCAUCUUAAUAGAAGGAACCAACCCACAAAACAACGCCGUCACCGGAAUCUCCCAUCGCUUUAGUGAGCCUUGUACGACUAGUAAACUUUGUACUGAUUCAAAA